AAAGGGCGGGGUUUCGCGGGGGCCGGGGCUCGGCGAGGCGGGCCGGAAGUGCUCCGGGCCGGGCGGAAGACGGCGGCGGUUCCGGUGGCGGCGAUGAGUUUCGCGUGGCCCUGGCAGUACAGCUUCCCGCCGUUCUUCACGCUGCAGCCCAACGGCGAGACGCGGCAGAAGCAGCUCUCGGCCUGGUGCGCGCUGGCGCUCGCCUACAGCCAGCGGCACCGGCUGCCCGCCAUGACGGUGCGGGAGGCGCAGGACAGCCCGCUCUUCGCCAACCAGCGCCUGCAGCGGAAGCUCCCGCUGGAAUCCAUCCAGGUGGUGCUGGAGGAGCUCCGCAAGAACGGAAACCUGGAAUGGUUGGAUAAGAACAAAACCAGUUUUCUGAUCAUGUGGAGGAGACCAGAAGAAUGGGGGAAGCUCAUCUAUCAGUGGGUGUCAAAGAACGGCUUGACCAACUCUGUAUUCACACUGUAUGAACUAGUCAGUGGAGACGAUACAGAGAACGAAGAGUUCCACGGCUUGGAUGAGGCGAUGCUGCUCCGUGCCCUGCAAGCCUUGCAGCAGGAGCACAAGGCUGAGAUCAUCACGCUGGAUGAUGGCCGAGGCGUCAAGUUCUUCUGACAGGAGUCCCCUGGCUCUGCCCUGGCUGCCGGAGCGGUUCUCUGGGAGGGUUUGCUCUCCUGGCCUGGGUGCAAGCCAUGGCUGAAGCAGCUGCACACUUGGGACAUCUUGGGGCAAGGAGAACCUGCGAAGCCUCCCAAAGACACGACUUAGAAGCAUUCAGAGAUCCUUUUGUCUUUUCUCCCUGUUGAGUUGAUUGUGUUUGAGAGGCUAAAGCUGCUCUAGAGAGGGACUGCCCAGAAGUGAGAUGCUGGAACUGCUCCUGCUGCUGAUCCCCAUCCCUGAGGGACACAGAGCGCCCUCUCCAGCCGGUCAGGCUGGGCCUCACAGGGCAGCCCCUUCCUUUCUGCUGCCCAGUGCUUGGGCUCUGCAGCCAGACAGCAUUGCCAAGGUGGGAGUGAGCACGAGAAGCCGGUUGUCGCUGCGCCAUGGAAGCCCUCGACAGCAGGAUGAUCCGUGCUUGCCGCAGAGCAGGCUGUGCAGCGGGGUGGGAUGGCUGCCAAGGAACUAAUUUGGAGUAAUUAAAAGGAGUUGUAUUUAUAGAGCA